AUGUAUUACCAUUUAUAUCUAAAAUCCAACCCGAGUUACAAACACAUUAAUACAAACCAUCGACUGUUUAAUUAGGAUCCACACAAGUUAAACAGCGAUUCUAAUUCUAUUCACAAGUUGAACAUGGUGAUGAGCAAGGAAGACACGAUGACCCAGAAAGAUAUUUGCCAAGGCCACAUGAUGUACAAGUAGUAGGAGUAUUUUAACAAUUCUAGCAAGAAGCAUCACAAAUUAAGCAAAAAGAUUCAACAAGAAAAUAGUGAUCCACACAAGUUUAACAUACAUAAUUAGAUGUACAAGUAGCACAUUAAGUAGGGCAGUUCGAACAAGAUAUGCCAGAUUAGUAAAAUCCGGGAUAACAGACUGAGCAGGAUAAUUUUUAAUACAAAGGAAAGCAUGUGGAACAAGAGAUUUGAGUACAAACCUAACACCCUUUUUAGCAUGGCUUACAUGUUUAGAUUAGAGGAUAAACAUAAAAGGCUGGCUAACAUGUGUUACAAGCAUAAUUAUUGGAACAACUCAAGCAAUUAGGUAUGCAAUUCACACAUGAACCAUUAUUAUUAAAUUAUCCUGGAUCGCAACUCCAAGAUACUAAAAUACAAUAAGCUUUCCUUACAUAUACAAUAAGUUAAAAUAAGGCAGAUUCUUAACAGGUAGUUAGACAUGAAAACAAAAAUAAUUGAUUAAGAAAUUAUGAGACAAACAAGGUUUGAUAUAAAUUAAUACUAACUCGUAGAUUUCUAUAUUUAGAAAUUUCAAUAAUAUAUAUAAUUAAAUUAUUUUUAUAAUUAAAGUGCUAUAUAUAGAAUUUGCAGCAAAAUUGACAAAUAGCUUUCUUAUAAAUAAUCUUGA